ACUGCACAUGCGCAGGGAUGUCUACGGGCUCAAAGCGUGUUCGUUUUUCCCAUUCAGUGUCCAUUCAGAACACUGACAGGGCCCAGUGGGGAAGAGCUGAAACGCUGAGAAGUUUACAUCCCAGGCACAGUGGGAGAAGUUUUGGAGCAGCAAAGCGGCAACUCACUGGAGUGUCAUCUAUGUGACGCCAAAACUUUAAAACGCCUCAGGGACCAAAAGAGUUGCCUUGGAAUGGUCAUCCUCCCUGCCAUCCCUCUUUAUUUACACGAGAUUCUAGGCUGGAGUAAACAGCUUUUCAGAGAUGAGUAUAAGCUGUGCUCCAUCUCCAGGUGCUUAUGACGUGAAAACUUCAGAAGUUUUAAAAGGACCUGUAUCCUUUCAGAAAUCACAAAGAUUUAAGAAACAGAAUGAAUCUCAACAAAGCCUUAAUAUUGACAAAGAUACUAUUCAACUUGCUUCAGCAAGAAAAGUUAAGACUUUGGGAUCAAAGAAGAAAUCUCAAAAGAAUGAUAAAGAUUUGAAGAGUUUGGAAAAGGAGAUUCGUGUUCUUAUGCAGGAACGUGGUGUCCGGGACAAGCAGAUCCACGAUCUGGAAGCUGAGUUGGAGAAGGUGGAAGCAAAACUAAAUGCUGCAGUCAGGGAGAAAACAUCUCUGGCUGCAACUAAUGCUUCCCUGGAAAAACAGCUGAUGGACUUAGCUAAGUCCAAUGAACUAUUAAAAAAUAAGUUUUCUGAAAAUGGUAAGAAGAACAUGAACAUCUUAAGCCUAGAGUUGAUGAAACUUCGAAACAAAAGAGAAACAAAGAUGAGGAGUAUGAUGGCGAAACAGGAAGGCAUGGAAGUGAAGCUGCAGGUCACCCAGAAGAAUCUCGAAGAGUCUCAGGGGAAAAUUGUACAACUUGAAGGGAAACUUGCUUCAAUAGAGAAAGAAAAGAUUGAUGAAAAUUGUGAAACAGAAAAGCUCUUAGAAUACAUUAAGGAAAUCAGUUGUGCAUCAGAUCAAGUGGAAAAAUACAAACUAAAUAUUGCCCAGUUAGAAGAAAAUUUGAAGGAAAAGAAUCAUGAAGUUUUAAGCCUGAAGCGGGCCCUUGAGGAAAGUAUUAUGUUGUCUAAACAAGCAGAAGAUCUGAAUGCUAAAUGUCAGCUGCUGGAAGAAGAAAAAGCAGACCUUAUCAACAGGGAUAGACAACGGCAGGAAAAUCUAAAUUCUGAAAUGCAAGACUUAAAAGAGAAGCUUAUUCUUGAAAAACAAGAGCAUGAAAAGCUACAACAAAAAGAGUCACAAAUGGAAUCACUUCUACAACAAGAGAAGGAAUUGUCCUCUAGUCUCCAGCAGAAGCUAUAUACUUUUCAAGAGGAAAUGACUAAAGAAAGGAGUUUAUUUGAAGAAGAAUUAAAGCAAGCACUAGAUGAACUUGAUAAAUUGCAGCAAAAGGAGGAACAAGCUGAAAAACUGGUCAAGCAGUUGGAAGAGGAGACACAAGCUAGAGCUGAAGAAUUAAAACUUCUAGAAGAAAAGCUGAAAGGGAAAGAAGCUGAGCUGGAGAAAAAUAACUCUGUGCACACUGAAGCCAUGCUGUCCUGGCAGGAGAAGUUGAAGAGUGCAAUGCAAGACCUUGGUGAUAUUACUGCUCAGUUUGAGAGCUAUAAAACAUUAACAGCUAGUGAAAUAGAAGACCUUAAGCUGGAGAAUUCAUCACUUGAGGAAAAAGUGGCCAAGGCUACGAGGAAUGCAGAAGAUUUACAACAUCAGAUGUUGGCAACUGAGAGCUCAAAUCAAGAAUAUGCAAGGAUGCUUCUAGAUCUGCAGACCAAAUCAGCACUUAAAGAAGCAGAAAUUAAAGAAAUCACCGUUUCUUCUCUUGAAAAAAUAACUGAUUUGCAGAACCAACUCAAACAACAAGGUGAAUCCUAUAAGAAACAACAGGAAGAGGAAGAAGCAAGAGAAACCGGAAAAGAAAACACAAUAGCAGAAUUAACUGAGGAAAUGAACAAGUGGCGUCUCCUUUAUGAAGAGCUAUAUAAUAAAACAAAACCUUUUCAGCUACAACUGGAUGCAUUUGAAGCAGAGAAACAGGCUUUGUUGAAUGAGCAUGGUGAAGCUCAGGAACAACUUAAUAAACUAAGAGAUUCCUAUGCUAAAUUAUUGGGUCAUCAGAAUCUAAAGCAAAAAAUCAAGCAUGUUGUGAAAUUGAAAGAUGAAAAUAGCCAGCUCAAAUCGGAGAUGUCAAAACUCCGCUGUCAGCUCACUAAAAAAAAACAAAGUGAGGCAAAGCUUCAGGAGGAAUUGAAUAAAGUUCUGGGCAUCAAACGCUUUGACCCUUCGAAAGCUUUUCAUCAUGAAAGUAAAGAAAAUUUUGCUCCCAAAACCCCAUUAAAAGAAGGGAAUACAAACUGCUACUGAGUGCCCAUGGAGUUUCCAGAAUCAUGCAAAAUAAGCCUCUGGAAAACCUGUUGAAGAUGAUUUUAUUCUUAUUAUUUGUGAUGUUGUUGUGUUAUCAUUAUGUUUAUGAUAUAUAUUCCUUGAUGUUGUAUUUAAUAGUAACUGCCUAUCCUAGGUAUGUGAAAGGAAGUUCAAUGUUUAUACUACUGUGUCUUCUGAAAUGUUAUUUGCUCUUAUCAGUACCUCCUCCUUUAUGCUCACUUUUAUCACCUUUUGCUAAACCUUUUAACUGACUUUCUAGCUUUACAACUCAUCACAUGAAGUCAACGUUCCUUUAUAAAUCACUUUCCUGACUAUUCCUCUGUUCUGAAGCCUUAGAUGGCUUCAAGAUUUGAGUCCCCAGGUUUAUGUUCAAAUACCAGAAACCUUUUCUCAUUUUAACUUCUUACAAGACCAAAACACCUCGGCUUUGGCUAAAACAGUCUUGUAUCUCCUGUGAUUCUCCUAGUAAUACUAGCUGGCUGACUGUCCAUUCAUCCAGCUCAAAUUAGACGUAAAGACAAACUUGCCUUUAUAGUAAACUCUGUGUCUCUUUUCAGAGUCUGUAAAUAGGUCGAUAAUGUGAUUCUUAGACCCCAGCCCAGUCUAUUGAAUUAAAAUUUGGGGUUUGACUCAGAAUGCAUUUUCAACAAACUCUGCAGCUAAUUCUUACAUACACUAAAAAUCUGAGAAACUCUGCUUAUAAAUUCUUUAGCGAACUAUUCUUAUACUGCUUGCCCUUUAUCUGACCUCUGUGUUUGGUUAAUAUUUGUGUAAUAUGAAAUAAAAUCACGUAGCAGGUCAUUUAUCCAAUAUUCAGCUUGAAUAUAUGAAGUUACCGUAAUGCUUCUAUUUAAGGUAUAUUUAUUGUCUCUGCCCUCCCCAUCCCACCUGACUCCUAAAAUCUGAAUUAAAUGCUGUUUAGAAAAUGUAAUUCUCUUUCUGAAAUAUUUGAGUUACACAGUCAUGAUAUUAUAAGCCACUUAUAAUGUUUCUGCAUUGAUGCACCCAACAGAGACUAUUAUAGUUAAGCUAGCUUUUUCUUAAUA